CUCAACAUGAGCUAGUUGGCGUUUGAAAAUCAGGCUUGGGUAUGACCGGCAGCUGAAUUUCUUUGCUUCAUGAAGCCGUUGGAAAUUCGAACCUAAAGAUCUCUUGAGCCUUCGUUUUAUCAUCUACUACGCAUUAUAUAUUCCUGUGUUUACGACGGCCAAUAUUUUUCCACUUCUGCUCUUCUAAGAAUUCCGUCAUCCUCUAAACCCUUCCCAAUUUGCAUUAUAUCAGUAAAGCUGAUAUUGAAUCCUCUAGAACCAUUUCUUCGACCUUCUUCCAAACCACAGUUAAACUUGUUCUACUCCCAAACAACAUCCGCCGCGUGCAAUUAAAUAUCGAAUUCCUCUGGUUGUUCGUGGGAAAGGCUUCUAGGGUUUCGAAUUGUACUGUUUUGCAGAUUUUGAUCCUGUUAGCUUUCUUGAAUCUGGGUAUUAGGGUUUAAUGUUUUGCGAAUUUCGAUUGAAUAUCAUCAUUUACCUAAAAUGACAAGCGAAGUAGUGGCAAAACAGUCAUCUUUUGGCGGCGUUGUCAGAAAGAGGCUCUCAGACAUCACAAAUUCUACGCUACCACCCAAGUUUCUGAUGGGUAAGGGGAAAGAUGUUUCUCCAGAGGAAUACAUCAAUCAUCUUGUCAAGGAAAACAUGGCGUUGUUGAAACUCUUUGAAGACAAAAACAAAGUGAUAGAAUUGAGCGGGAUUGAGAUUCAGAAAUUGAGGGUUUCACUUCAGAAAAUGCAGCUUCAGAACCAGAGUCUUGCUCAGUCAAACAGCCAAAUGACUGCGGAAGUGACCUUACUGAAAGAAAAGUUAAAUUUGAUUCGUCAUGAGCUUGGUUGCAAGAUUGUGCUACUCAAAGCAAAAGAUCUGGAAUCAAAGGAACAAGAAAAUAUCAAAGGUAGAAAGAAUGAGAGUCAGGAUGGGAAGGCGGCAGCAGCUCUACCAAUUGCAGAGAGCAGCAGACCUAGAAGGGGAGGAGGGCAGUUUCGUGCCACAAGAAGUCGAUCCAUGACUCCUAUGAGCCAUUCAACUGCUUCACAACAAGCUCCAAAAGAAGAAAUUGCUGAAAAACGGAGGCGCAUAAGGAGGCAGUCCGCAUUUUACCCAAAGCAGCAGCAGGAGGAGGAGGAAAAAGAGGAGAACUUGUUGGAAGACACCAUUGCAACAGAAUCCCUUCAUGAUCCAACCAUCACCCCUCCCUUGCCUUCUGAUCAUCAACGACCAACCAGAAAGUCCAUCUGCGGCCGGCCAUUACGUAAAGCAGCCGAGAAGGUUCAGUCCUACAAAGAGACUCCCCUUAACAUCAAACUGAGAAGACCAGAUUGAGUGCUUCUUCUACGUGUUUUACCGUUCUAACUAGUCUGAGUUUUAUGUGCUCGUAUUCACUCGGCUGAGAUUUUGUAGUAAAACCAUAUUCUGGAAUUCAUAGUAAGCAGUUGAAUGUGUACAUGAAUGGUGUAUUGCUGUUAUGUGAGGCUUUUGUACUUUGACAUACCCCAUUGUGUCCUGUUAUUUUGAAAAAUAAUGUUUGAUUGUCACAAGUUUCAUUUCGUAACUUUUUGAAUGAAUGUGUUGUGUGUGUUUCUAUAUA